UGACGCACAGCAACUCGGAGCCUCUGCAGCUCACGCGCACUUUAGGGAGAGAGAGGAUAACAGCUUCAGAGAUAUGAUUCCAUUCGUUUUAUAGAGGACUUUAAAUCACUGAGUUAUAGGACGUUGCAGAUUUGGGAUAAUUUGUCGAGCUGUGUUGGCGCGUCAGCUUUGGAAAUGGCUGCUUUUGCGCUUUGGAAUUACGCAUCCUGGAUGUUACUUUUGGCGACGUUUCACGCGUCUCUCGCGAAUUACUCCGAAGACCAGUGCAGCUGGAGAGGCAGUGGCUUGUCCCAGCAGAAGGGGAGCGUGGAGCAGAUCUCCCUCCACUGUGCAGAGGGCACCCUGGACUGGCUGUACCCCAAAGGCGCCCUGCGCCUCACCCUCUCCCCCCGCCUGCCCUCCGUGGCGGUGGGGCCCGGCGGCAGCAGCUCGGGCCUCAUCACGGCCUGCGUCAAGCCCUCGGAGCAGUUCCACGGCGCCCAGCUCUACCUGGAGCGGGACGGCGUCCUGGAGCUCCUGGUGGGGGACCGGCUGGAGUCCUCCCCGCCGCCCAGGGUGCGCUGCUUCAGCCGGCUGCCCGGGGAGAGGGUGGCCCUCUUCCUGCAGGCCACCCCCCAUCAGGACAUCAGCCGCAGGAUCGCCUCCUUCCGCUACGAGCUGAGGGGCGACUGGACCGCCCGGCUGUCGCUGGACUCCAACCCCAUCAGCAGCGAGGAUGCCUGCAGGCCCUGCAACAACACAGAGAUCCUCAUGGCUGUUUGCACCAGCGACUUCGUGGUGCGAGGGAACAUCCGGUCCGUGGAGGAAGACGAGAAUCUGCGGGCGGCGGUGAUCAGAGUCGGCGCCACCCGCGUGUUCCGUCAGAAGUACGCCCUGUUCACCGGCAGCAGCCGCAUCAGCAGCCAGGGCGAGAUCAGGACUCUGCUGCAGUGCGGCGUCAAGCCGGGACCCGGCAGCUUCCUCUUCACCGGCCGCGUCCACUUCGGCGAGGCGUGGCUGGGCUGCGCGCCCCGGUACAAGGACUUCCAGCGGGCGUACGUCCUGGCGAAGGCGGCCCAGCAGAUCCCCUGUGAGCUGCCCGUAGACUGAAUCAGACACCCUGCAUUCACCUCUCUGCUGCGCAGAAUCCAAAACCUGCCACCGCCCGGGCCGGACUCGGCCCUGCUCCUCGCUCUGGAGGAAGCCGCGACGCGCGAAGGACCGAGGAGGGAAAUGGAGCGUUUCCAUUCCGCUGCAAUAAGCAGCGGGCCUGUCCGAGAGACCGCGGCGGCCCCGCCGACCUGAAGCUCAUGUUGCUUUGGUCGCCGAGCAAACUAAAUUAUUGACAGGACGUCCACUCGGGAUUCUUCAAGUGGAGCCAGUAAUUCAGGCCUUCUGAGAGUCGCUGCUCCGAAACUCAGGAAAGCCACAGGAAGCUUGUGGCUGCUGGUUAAAAUCCCGGUGAGCGCCGCACUUCAGAUGGUGUGUUGGCUCAGAUAACGUCUGGCCACGCCCGCCUCCCGGCGCUCUGGGGUCGUCUUCAGUGUUAUUAAGGAGAUUUAAAAAAAAAAAAAAAAAAGUCUGAAAACUAUAAUAAUAUUUGCACU